AUGCUUACUUGGAGCUGCAAAAUUAUGCUAUUGCUUGCAGGUAGUUGUUGGGCUUUCGCAGCAGUUGCAGCAACUGAAGGAAUAAACCAAAUUAGAACUGGUAAACUAAUUUCUUUAUCAGAACAAGAACUCAUUGACUGCGACAGGGGCAUUAAUGUAGGUUGUGGUGGAGGUCUAAUGGCCUACGCUUAUGAAUUCAUUGUUAAAAAUGGAGGAAUUAGCAGUGAACGUGAUUAUCCAUACCUUGCCGCUGACAACGAUUGCGAUCUGCAAAAGAAGAACCUGCCCGUUGUAAAAAUUGAUGGUUAUGAAAAGGUUCCCAAGAACAAUGGAGAUGCCUUGAUGAAGGCCGUGGCCAAUCAACCUGUCUCAGUGGCUAUUGAAGCUGCAGGACAUGAUUUUCGGUUCUACAAGGAAGGAGUAUUCAGUGGGGAUUGUGGCACGUCGGUGGAUCAUGGAGCUACAGUAGUUGGGUUUGGUGAAACAAGCAAAGGACUCAAGUACUGGAUCGUAAAGAACUCGUGGGGAGCAAAUUGGGGAGAGAAUGGGUACGUUAGAAUGCAGAGAAACGAUGAAAUGAAAGGUCUCUGUGGGAUAAACACGUUGGCAUCCUAUCCUGUCAAAUCCACCCACAGCAGUACAUCUUCCUUGGACAAAAAUGAUCAUCUGAUUCGUUUUCCUGCUGAAAGAAACCCCGUGGAUUCCAUUGCCGCAGCAUGAGAAGUGAUCCCAGCCAGUAGCUUGUUAUAAUGAUAAUCAUGGCAAUAGAUGUCAACAACAAAAACUACUGUUCUAUUGAAGCUGACCUCUCUUUUU